UCCAUGGGAUAGCCAACCAGAAUAUUUAGUGCCUUCUAAAUGUACUGUUGCUGUACUUUGAUGAUGUGUGCACCAAAGCACAGGUUUUCAGUGGCCAUAUCGUUUGAAACGUUAUGUCCUGGUCUUUUGGAGCUUGCAAUAUGUGACAUGCUCAUAAUGAUCACACACAGUAUGAAAACACAUAGAAGGUCUCGGUGGUUAAAGGAAAUGAGCAUGCAUAAGGUUAUGGUAAUAUUUGAAGAAAGCUUUUUGAAAAAUAGAUGGAAUUUUGAUGUGAAUUAUUUAAAAUAUCAAUACAGAACAAUCAAUAGAAACGUAACGUUUUAAAUAAAUAAUUUAUUUGUCUUCUGCAUUUUCUUUACAUGGUUCCAUGGUUUGAAAAGGCCAAAAAGAUCUGGGCAGAUAGUGGAAGAGGAAAGAAUGAUACACUGACAAACUUUGCUGAAGACUUUUAUGAUGCUUUAAUGGUUGUUUUCAACAAGAACAGAGAAGGGAGAUGUCAGGUGCUUGAUUUGUUCCUCCAUCGCAUGGGCUCUGUAGUCACUGAUGACCGUGUUAAUGUUUACAUUCAAGAAGAGGCCAUUAGGAAGAUGAACACGGUGCUUAAUCAAAUGUCACGUGAUGACAGAAAAAGAGUCUUAUUAUCUUCAGAAAUGCAGCUUCUAAUGAGUGAUUUUGGGAAAAGGAUAUUAGAUGCUGGUGAUUAUAAUUUGCAGGUGGCUAUAACAGAAAGUCUGUGUAGAAUGACAUCUGAGACUCGGAGACGAGAAUUGGCUUCUGAUUGGUUUCCAUUGGAAUUCGUUGUUGAUGCAUUUAAGAGAAUUAAGGAUUCAGAAUUUGAAACGAGAAAUAAGAGAAUUGAUAAGAGAAUUAAGGAUUCAGAAUUUGAAACGGAUUGUAGAAGAUUCCUCAAUCAGGUGAAUGGAAUGCUUGGAGAAAAAACAAGUGUUUCUACUUUCCCAUGUUUGGAAGUGUUUCUUGAUAAUUGUGAGCUGCAGAUGCCAUCUGAUGAUAAACUGGAAGAUUCCUGGAUUGAUUUCAAUGUUGGCAGUCAAAGCAUCUCUUUUUAUGUCAUAACUGAGGAAGAUGAAAAUGAACCAAUGUGGGAGACAAUCUGUUUGCCUGAAGAAGAUGUGGAGAGUUAUACUGUUGAAGUAAAGAAUGAGAAGAAGUUGCUUGCCGUUGACAUGAAUAUCCAAAUUAGAAUUGGAAAUAGUGAAGGGAACCAAAUACAGAUAUAUUUUGAUUUGACUUUGGACAUCUUCAACAUUGUCAAGAAAGUUUAUCGUUCCACUAAAUGUAAGAAACCAUCAGUGAGAGAUAGGAUUUCUGAGGUGAAAACAGCGGUUCAUGUGAUCUUUGAUGGGAGUAGUUCACAGGUAUUGGUUGCUGAGAGCCAACUUUCAUCACCAAUUAAUAAAGAAGCAGGAAGUGAAAAAAAAUCCCCCAGGAAAACAGCAUGGAAAGACAACGAACUUGAGCAGGUCACUGUGCAUCCACCAAAGGCAGGCUUUGCUUAUUUUGUUAAUAGUUUAUUCCUGCAUACUCAUUAACAUUUUGUGAAGUGGAGGUGUU